AUAGGCGGGGGCGUUGCGUUGUUAUGAUUUUUCUCAAUUUAGCCUGCGGUCCCAGGAAGUGCUCCGUUUCUUUGUCCCCAAAUCAGACCUUGGCCUAUGCACUCGAAAAGUUUUGCGAAAGCUUCAAGUUGAAUGUCGGGGAAUACGCGCUGAGGCAUCGAAACGUUCAGUUGGACCUGUCACUGGAGUUCAGGCUGUCCGGUCUGCCCAACAGGGCAAAUCUGGACGUGUGCAAGAAGUCCGAGGGGUCGAAGGGCAAGGAGGGGCUGGUGAAGGUGGCGCUGCGCGUGGACGGUAGUCGGGUGGUGCUGGAGGUGCCCAACACGUCGACGUUGUGGGAGUUGUUGCAGAAGGCGGAAUCCGAGAAGGGUCUGAAUUUACUGUCGGCCUCUGGUCCCGGUUCGAAGUAUCUGCAGCCGUGCAUGAGGUACAUGAGUUCGGUGUUCUGCAGCAACGCGGACCUCCGCCGGACGACGCUGAGCGCGCUGGGAAUUCGGUGUCAGUCCGUGCUGUUCGACUUUUUUCGCGAGCCGACAGAAGUGGAGGUGGGCGAGUUCUUGGAGAGGGACCGAGCGGAACAGGAGAGAGACCGAGCGGAGCGGGAGAGGAGAGAGGCGGAGCGGGAGAGGGAGCGAGCGGAGCAAGAGAGGAGAAAGGUUGAACGGGAAAGAGUGCAAGCAGAGCAAGACAGGGUGCGAGCGGAGCAAGACAGGGUGCGAGCGGAGCAAGACAGAAUGCGAGCGGAGCAAGACAGGGUGCGAGCGGAGCAGGAAAGGCAGAAAUCAGAGGAAAGAAGCGCGCGCGCGCCGUCCGAAAGUCAAGAAAUGUGUCAACCGCGCGUCAAAGAACAAAAACAAUUCGCGUCCAACGAAUCCGAAAUCACGCCGCCUGCAAACGAAGAAUCUAAGUCGAAUCGUUCUGAGGACCGAAUACUUCCCGCGCAUCUCGAAGGGGGCGGAAUUACGGACCCAAUCAUGUCUGGGUUUCAUAAAUACAUUCGAGACACUGAAGCUCUGAAACAGGGCCGUUUGUCACCGCCUCCAACUACCGUAGACCGAGACGUCAAAGUGUUCUUUCCUAGCGAACACCAGAAGGCGGAGCUUCUUCCGGAUCUGCCACCAGAUUUCUUCGAGCCGUCCGCCGAAGAGAUCCUGUCGACUUUCAAGCGACGAGAGGAUCCCGAACAGCUCGUUUUAAAGACCAAGGCGAUGAGGGAGCGCUCGGCGGCCCACUUCGACAGGUGUCUGAUCCGAGUUCGUCUGCCCGACGGAAUGCAGAUCCAAGGGACGUUCCACCCUCAGGAGAAGACGGAAGACGUGGUCGAAUUCGUCAGGUCGCAGUUGUCAGAACCCAACCAGAAAAUCGACUUCUACUUGUACACAUCUCCACCUCGGGCAGAACUGAAGAAAGAGACGACUCUUCUCAAACAAACGCUGACUCCGGCUUCGCUCUUGCUCCUCGGGAUUCGCCCCGGGCAACAAAUGACCGCGCCCAUUCUAAAGCCGGAACGCCUGCAGGAACUUCUCCCUCUGUACAAAAAGACGGUCAGCGAAGACGCGAAGUUCUCCUCGGAGAAGAGCACACCCGCAUCCAAAAACACCGCGCCCACGCAGCAAAAGAACCCAACGAAGGCCCGAAAAUCUCGCCCAGUCAAAGCGGCGCCAAAGUGGUUCCUAGCCGGAAAAAAAAGAUAACCUGUACAGAUUCUGUGCGAGCCGUACACGCCAUACACAA